AUAGGGCUUUGAGAACUAAGACUGGAAAAUUGUACAAAAUUCUAGUUUGUUACAAGAAUGUUAUUAAGUCUUUCACCUUUUGCAAGGAAUCAACUAUUUUUCGUAACACUUUUAUGCACAAAAACGUAACAAACGAGUCAAUCGGACUUAACGAAUCUGAACUUAAGAUAAUUGAGUAUCGUUUCUAAUUUACGCGAACUUCGCUUCAUCUUAUCUUGUUGAUAGCAUUUAGUAAAUUCGAUCUAAGGAUAUCUUUUCUCUGGAGUAACUUUUUCGCUUUGUAUAGGAUUACAAUUUCGACUCAGGUCCAGGAGAAAGAAGUCAUCGCGCGCCGACCAAAGGAUGAACUUAAGAUAAUUGAGUAUCGUUUCUAAUUUGCCUGAACUUUGCUUGAUCUUAUUUUGUUGAUAGCAUUCAGUAAAUUCAACCCAAGGAUAUAUUUUCUCUGGAGUCACUUAUUCGCUUUGUGUAGGAUUAAAAUUUCGACUUGGGUCCAGGAGAAAGAAGUCAUCGCGCGCCGACCAAGGGAUGAACUUAAGAUAAUUGAGUAUCGUUUCCAAUUUUCCUUAACUUUGCUUGACCUUAUCUUGUUGAUAGCAGUCAGUAAAUUCGACCUAAGGAUAUCUUUUCUCUGGAGUCACUUUUUUGCUUUGUGUAGGAUUCAAAUUUCUACUCUGGUCCAGGAGAAAGAAGUCCAAGAAGACCAAGGGAGCGUGCCGGUCCAAGAAACAUAGUCAUGUUGGAACGACGUCGGGAGUUCGGAGUCGAGGGUGAGACCGGCUCGCCGCAAAGAGGACCCCGGGGGCCCGAAAGAGCCCGAAGGGGCGGAAUCGCGGCGCUCGUCACCGGAUGGAAAUUUUGCCGUGGCGCGAGCCAAGGCGUGCCCGGAGCACCGGCGCAACCGCUUCGUACUCUUUGUCCUAUGACACGGCGAAGUCAAGCUUCGGGGCUAAAUUUAACCGGCACCAGCUUGCGUCCGAGGCUGAGGCUGCGCAGGAGCAGCCGCCAGAAACCGGAGCACGUGCUUUCAAACGAGUUCCACAUCGUAGAAACAGAGUACAAGACAGCACUGUAUCGCAAAACUACGACGGAUGGGUUACACAUCUGAGAAAGAGACGAAUUAGAUAAAAAAGCUCCGAAAGGUCACGUCGCAAGAAAACGCCGCCCAUUAUAUGAUCCAGUGUUCCGGAAACGCGUUCUUUUCCGUUAUCCUUCAAUUUUUCCGUCCUUUUCUCUUUCUACUUCGCUUGAUCGUCGGAUUAAAAAGACGUACCGAAAAAAACCUUCACCUCACGGGUUGCCGAUGCGAUCCGUGUCUCAUCCGUCCAACUAAAGACCCUACUUUAGCUUCUGAUUUGUCCUUUCUCCAAAAUAACAACCAUGGACCUAAUACAUUUCUGGGAAACGUAAUAAUACCCCCGAGCUGGGUAAAAACGUAAUGCUUUAUGAGCGCAUGAUCCCGGUCAUGCUUGGACAUUAGAUCACUCGACAAAGUGCACGGUGAAUCACGGUGUACCAAGAGAAGUCGAGAUUCGACACGAUUCGACGGUGGUAUCGGCAUCUCGUGGUGGGGUGUGCUCCACGGUGGACCCGUGGAGCAAUCUCUGCAGGAGGCUGGAAAACACAUGUCCCACUUGCGUAUGCCAGGGCCACGUGUGGGGUUGUGGCCCACGGCGCCGCCGCUUCUGCUUGCUUUCCCAGUGUCAACGCGUCGCGACGCGGGAUUCUCCCGAAAAUCGACUCCUACAGGCAAAGAUGGUCACCGAAGAACCACGAGGAGAUUCCUGGCCACCGGGUGAGACAGAGGGAUGACCUCGGUAGGACAUCGCCCCCUCAAGAGAAGUUCAAAGCGAACUCACGUUAAAAAAAAAAUUAAAAAAGGCUAAUCCGAAAAACCACCAUCAGGAUGACCGUAACCAGGGUUUGGUAAUUUCCCGUUUUUUGAGGCUUCUCGAGUAUAUUAUGUAAACUGUGUAGUUUAUAUCGUAGAAAAUCGAAGGAAACCAGUGAAUUAGGUCUCCAAUAUGAAGGAUGCCGCAGAUGCGGGAUAUGUGCCAUCCGCUGGAUUGUAAACGUCUUUUAGCACACACGUAAACAUGUAAAUAUUUGUAGGGAACAAUAAAUUAAUUUGCCGCUUGCGUUCUAAUUGUUUAGAAUUGUACGUUCCACAUAUGGCGGGUGCCGCAGAUGCCCGAUAUAUGUAUAUCCGCUAGGUUAUAAACGUCUUUUAGCGUACACGUGAACGCAUCAAUGUUUUUAAGGAUUCAACGUUCUUUUCACUUAACCCUGUUUAAUAGCAAAUUUCUAAUUGGACUUAUUACUUUCUAUUUAGAAAUAGAAGGGCGUAUAUACUUUGCGCUCGCGUAGAAAACUAGAGACGUAUUAUACGUUGUAAUAUAUAUGUAUAUUAUAUGACGUAUAUUAUGUUAUACUGUACUGUAAUCAUGUUGCAAGGCAAUAUAAUGGAUAAUAUUGACAGGAGGUUGUGGCAAUUAGCGUAACAUAGUAUACAGAAUAAAGUAAAGGCUACUUCACCGUUUAGUCGAGGUAACUACGUGAUUCGUGUUUUUGUAACAUUACGCUUAUCACGACUUCUUUACGUAAUUAAUGUCAUCAUUUGAAAUGGUAAUCCUUACUGCAACUUUCUAGCGCAGCGCCAUGGGUGCAGCAACUAUUGGCAAGAUUAUCUUCUUUACAAUUCUAUAUAGUUAGUUUCACCGUUUGUAUGAUUCAAAUUACCGCAAUAUUUUAAGGUAUGGAAAUAGAAGGAAAUGAUCUGCGAGGACUCGUUUAUAUCUUUUUCCGAACUAAGUGUGGCAAGUCGUUUAAUGUUUCAUUACGAGAAUAUUAUGACCCUUAGGAAGGUUCUAACACCCAUUAAAUUUGACUCUUUUAUAUUUGCAUAAAAAAUUAAAUUUCACGAAUGUCAGAAUCUUCAUUGAAGCUUCUCUAUUCAUGUGAUACAAUUUCAUUUUGGUACACUCAAUUCGAAUAAAAGUUUUAUAAAUCAUGAACCGUUCAAAUGCCACUUUCAUAUCACCUUAACUAUGUCGCUAUAGUAAUUGCAACC